GGAAAGGGGGAAGGAGGAACAAGCUUUUCCAAAAAAGUAUUGGCUGUCCUAAGGAAUGCGGUCGCCCCCCUGGGAAAGUACAUAUCAGGGAGCUGCAGGCAGCUCCGCGCUCGCACUCCGGUUCUGCCACCCCACCGCGCUCGCGUCUCCUCUCGCUCCGCUGCCUAAGGGCCCCUCGCCGCCGCCACCAUGGACGCCAUCAAGAAGAAGAUGCAGAUGCUGAAGCUCGACAAAGAGAACGCCUUGGAUCGAGCAGAGCAGGCGGAGGCUGACAAGAAGGCCGCGGAAGACCGGAGCAAGCAGCUGGAAGAUGAGCUGGUGUCACUGCAAAAGAAACUCAAGGGCACUGAAGAUGAACUGGACAAAUACUCUGAGGCUCUCAAAGAUGCCCAGGAGAAACUGGAGCUGGCGGAGAAAAAGGCCACAGAUGCUGAAGCUGACGUAGCUUCUCUGAACAGACGCAUCCAGCUGGUUGAGGAGGAGUUGGAUCGCGCUCAGGAGCGUCUGGCCACAGCUCUGCAGAAGCUGGAAGAGGCUGAGAAGGCUGCAGAUGAGAGCGAGAGAGGCAUGAAAGUCAUUGAAAGCCGAGCCCAAAAAGAUGAAGAAAAGAUGGAGAUUCAGGAGAUCCAGCUGAAAGAGGCCAAGCACAUUGCUGAAGACGCUGACCGGAAGUAUGAAGAGGUCGCCCGUAAGCUGGUCAUCAUUGAGAGCGAUCUGGAACGUGCAGAGGAGCGGGCCGAGCUCUCAGAAGGCAAAUGUGCCGAGCUUGAAGAAGAAUUGAAAACGGUGACGAACAACUUGAAGUCACUGGAGGCUCAGGCUGAGAAGUACUCUCAGAAGGAAGACAAAUACGAAGAGGAGAUCAAGGUUCUCUCUGACAAGCUGAAGGAGGCUGAGACUCGGGCUGAGUUUGCAGAGAGAUCAGUAACCAAAUUGGAGAAAAGCAUUGAUGACUUAGAAGACGAGCUGUAUGCUCAGAAACUGAAGUACAAGGCCAUCAGCGAGGAGCUGGACCACGCUCUCAACGAUAUGACUUCCAUGUAAAUGUUCAUGCACCCUGCCUGCUCGCACCCUCCCCCUCAUGCUUGUGUGAUGGCCUCACCAUGGCUCCCCUCUCCUUCCGUCGUCUCCAUUUCUGCACCUCUUGUCGGCUCUCUUGCAUAACCUAGGAUAGGUUAUCUUUUUUCACAAUGUGCUAACAAAGGCCAAGUGGAUUCGGUCCAUGCAAACCAUUUCAGAACCCUUUUAUUUCAUAAAUGCAGAUCUAGCUUGCUUCUGCCCAGAGAGGACCUGGACUCCGAAUGGGCCCUGAGUAUCUCCUUUUCAAACCUUAAACCAGACUCAAGUAAAACUAGGAACCCAUGAUACAGUGGUGCGGGAAGUUAGGAAGAAAUCCCAGGUUGUUUCCUGGGAUUCUGUGAGGUACAAUAGGGUCGUUUUCAGUUAAAACUGCAAGUUUAAAAUAUCAGAUUAUUGAGGAUCUGAGGGAAAGGAGAUGGGCAAUGACCCAAUAAAAAUAUCCCCUUCCCUUGUUAUGAAUUCCAGAGCAGGGCUGGGCAUGGGGUACAUUCCUUUUGUCCCACCAUGUGGAAAACAGAGGCAGGUAUAUCUCUUGAGUUUGAGGCCAGACUGGUCUCUAGCAAGUUACAAACCGGCCAGGGUUAUAUAGUAAGACCCUGUCUUUAGAAAAAGACACAAAAGAAUUCCAGAGCAAAAAUGAGCGGUCUCCUGAGGAAUCAACUCUUCUAUUUGAUAUGUUUAUAUUGAAUGAAAAUAAAAUACCCCACAGUAAAUACUUUCCUCAACCUACGUCAGAGAAGCAAAAAAUAAAACAUUUAUACAAUACGAAUUUGGAAGUUAGUGGUCAAUAUUUUACUUUUGGGAGGCAGUAAUAGCUGUUUGGGGACCCUCACACAUACAGAGCUAAUUUACAUAUUACUAACUGUAUUUGUGCCACUUGGGAAUCUAACCCCUGGAGUGUUUCUUCUCCCUUCUAACCCUGCUGGGUUCCAUCAAAGCUGGGAAUAGCAUUCCUUUAACCAGUCAGAAACAGUAACUUCAGGACUGCAACAUGGGCCUGCUGCCUUGGAGGUUCCAAAACAUCCUGUAGAGACCUGGCUGUCACCAUAGAAACAAGGGUAGGCCUCUUCUCCACCAUUGAUAAAGAGUGGAAGCAGCCUAUCUAUAGUCAGUCCUCCAGAUCAACAAAAUGGCAUACUCCACGGGGAGAACUCUUUCGAGAGUGAUGGAUACCCACCCCAAAAGGAGGAUUUAGCUUAAACUUUGUUUUGAAGUUAUGUUCAUGGCUCUUCCUCAGGCUUGGCCCAUGGCAGCCUGGGGUCUAGGCAGUCACUGCUGAGGAAGGCCUCCCCCAGGUGCUGCUGGCGGUGGGUUUAUUUAACACGGCUUCACACCUGCUUGCAUGUCAACUACUGCUAUCGUGUUUGGUUUUCUUCCUUUUUUCCCUUUUCCAUUGCUCCACUAUGCCUCUUUUACGUUUUUAUUUCAUGCAGAUAAGUUUCUUUGCUUCACUCCUCCCAAGACUCCUCCCUCGAGCUGGAUGCCCCACCUCUCUGAGUUCUGCAUCUGUCUGCUCUCCAGCUGACCCAGGUUUCUUUUUAGUGCCCACCCACCUUAGGGCCAGGCACAGACCGUGCUUUCUAUUGUACGGAAGCAAUCCGCCCAGUGUAAAAUAAACACUGUACGCUA